CUCGUUCUCUAUCGGAAAUGCUGAGACGCGAGACUGCAAUAAGUCCAGGUUCAGUUGCUUUGUAGCUGAAAAGAGAACACAGUUUUUUAAGAAAUUCAUUGACGUUUCGAAGUGCUAUUGGGAAAUAACAACCCUUUCCUCAAAACAUUUUGACCUUUCUCAGCCCGGUCAAUACCAACCGCGCAUUGGCCACACGGUUGUGAAUAUUGAUGUCCCAGAGAUGGAUAUCAUGGAGGAUUUGAUGGCAGAAACGGCCAUGGACGGAAACGGAAUGAUUUCCAACUAUCCAAAUAUGUCUCAUUCUCUGGACAACCGAUACGGAUUAUGUAAUCUUUCACGCUAUGCUAGUUUGCCUUUUUGUGCGAACAAAAGCUCUGGGAUAGAGGAAUUUAGACCGGAUUACUCCCAUGGGUUUGCUAUGCAACGCAUCAUUUCUAUAGUGGUUCCAAUUAUAUUUGGAAUUAUUGUUGUAGUUGGGUUUAUUGGCAAUGCUCUGGUGGUGGUUGUUGUGGCGGCAAAUCAGCAAAUGCGCAACACAACUAACCUGCUCAUUAUAAAUUUGGCAUUAGCCGAUCUUUUGUUUAUUGUCUUUUGUGUCCCGUUUACUGCCUCGGAUUACGCUUUACCCUUUUGGCCGUUUGGAGAUGCCUGGUGCAAAAUUGUUCAGUACUUGGUUAUCGUAACUGCAUACGCCAGUGUGUACACUCUAGUCUUAAUGUCGCUUGACCGCUAUUUAGCUGUCGUUCAUCCCAUAACUUCAAUGUCCAUUCGAACGGAGGCGAACACUUAUUGGGCCAUCGCCGUUACCUGGGUUGUUAUAUUCGUGGCCUGUGUGCCAUUGCUAAUGGCUCACGGAGAAGUGAUGUAUCUCUUUGCCGACGAGGAGUAUUCUGUGUGCGUAUUUCUCCAAAAGGAUGGAUGGAGCUACCAUGUCUUUCAGAUCACUUUUUUUGCCACCUCGUAUGUCAUCCCACUGCUGUUGAUUUGCGGUUUGUAUAUAUGCAUGCUUAUGCGCUUAUGGAGAGGGGUGGCACCAGGUGGGCGUGUCUCGGCGGAAAGCCGGCGCGGUAAAAAGAGAGUUACCCGCAUGGUUUGCAUAGUAGUGGUCAUUUUCGCCGUGUGUUGGUGUCCCAUUCAACUUGUUUUAGUUCUGAAAAGUCUAGCCUUGUUUGAAAUCACGCCCUUUACAGUCAUGAUACAAAUAAUCUCCCAUGUAUUAGCAUAUAUGAAUUCUUGUGUAAAUCCCUUUCUGUAUGCCCUUAUAUCUGACAACUUUCGGAAAGCUUUCCGGAAAGUCGUUUACUGUCGGUCUUUGGGAUUCGCUCUUCCAAGUUGUGAGCAGCGUCACCAACCCAACAAUGGGGAAAAGUCUGACAUUCGACAGCCCCUCUUCACGGGUAACACAGGCAACACUGGAAAUACUGGUUUCACGGGGAACACCAAUAUAAUGAAAUCCACCGUUGUUCACGCUUGUAAUAACGCUGAAGCUGAAGCGAUCGACAUUCUUUAAGCUAUCUGCAACCUGCAAACUCGUUUCCUGUUUUGAUAUCCUUAUCCUCAUUUGAAGCCGGAAAUGCAAGACUGCCAGAUACACUGUUUGACUGAAGGAGGUACCCAGGCAGGCGAAUGUAAGUAUCACAAUCGAAAUAUUUUGAAAUUUGCACGGAAAAUAUAUUUUGGUUUUUCUUCUCCGUUGAUAAGGCGAGAAAAUAAUUUGGAUUUCAAGGCUUGCCUCCUAAUCAAUGUUUUGGAGAUUAUUUUCAGACGUGAAUGUCCUGACUAUCGCUAUAGUCCACAUUGUAUACUCUUGACUUUCUUUCUCUUUUCUCGAUUCAAACGGAUUCGUUUCUAAUUUUGGGUUGGAGUGUAGCUAUACCAUUCCUGUGAUUUGAGUCUCUAUGUCGUGGUAUGUAAAAGGUGACCUACCAUACAGUCAUGCGCGGAAGUUUCUAAACGUAUUUUUUAUUACGUUAUAACAGCGGGCAUUGACGGAAAGUGUAGCGACAUGCGCGCCAACCCUUUCUCGUAGGGCUUUUCCUCAAUCAACUUUCUGAUCGGCUUUGAAUGCGUUUUACGGAUCGCUUAGCGGUAACGAAAGAAAACGAAUACAGAGCGUCUGCUUACAUCCACUUCGCCGUACGCGGCUAUACUAAAACAUAAUGAAAAACGUUAAAAAGACACUUCUACGCAUGCCCGACUUUGGUAUAGAAGAACCUGGUUCGAAACGAAAAUUUCAACUCGAUCCGAAUUCCGUAGAUGGAAUAAUUUACCGUUGGAACAAAUUAGUCUGAUGUCUAAUUGUUUGACAUUGCCGACACAGUAUAAUUCUAUGCUUUACACCUUUGUUUUACCAUAUUGCUAGCGAAAGAGUUCGGAUGAACAGAGUAAUCAAGUUCGAAGGCAUAAUUCAUAAUUAAAACUAUCGAUUUUCUGCUCAAAUUUAUGUCGAGGGCUGUGGAAACGCACCAAACGUAACUUGGGUAACAUGAAAACUCAAGUUCCCUUUCUGCAAGUUUUUGUCUAGAUUCCUCGGGGAAAGAAAAACCUAUUGGUAGAAUCACGAAUCGAUACGCGUGACCUACCGAAUAAGCAAAUUCCAGCGUGCGUUUGUUGCGAAUGAAUUUUUUGAGCAAAAGGAAACACGACGUCGCCUUAUUUCAUUUUGAAUACUGUUUAAAGCGUAAACAAAUUAAAGCUGUCAAUAGCGACAUUGCGAGCUAUUGACGAGGUAAAAAUUAAGUGCAUCUAGCUGUUCCCAACCAACGUUUUAGCUCCUUUUUCAAAUAUGAAAUAGUAUAACUAUUAUCGUGUGAAAAGACACUAUCUAUGACUGUUUUAGUCAUCCAGGCACAUAUGUCUUACUUGUUUAUCCAAGAAGCCCAAGCCUAUAAAAGAGGAAGUUUUUAAGAGCUCGUCUAAAACUAAUGAGAGCAUUAAACCUAAAACGCAUAUUGUUGAAACAUAAUACA